AUGGGCCCCUGUACCGCCUCCUCAUGCUGCUGCCAGGCCCGUAAUCUGCCAUGGGCCCCCGUACCGCCUCCUCAUGCUGCUGCCAGGCCCGUAAUCUGCCAUGGGCCCCUGUACCGCCUCCUCAUGCUGCUGCCAGGUCCAGAGUCUCUCAUGGGUCCCUGUACGGCCUCCCAUUGCUGCUGUCUCCAUCGCCACACUCUGCCAUGUGCCACUUUCAGGUCUCCUCACACACUGCUGGUGUGUUCCAUUUUGUCAUAGGGUGCUGGCAGAUUACGGGCCUCCCAUUGCUGCUGCCAGGCCCGUAAUCUGCCAUGGGCCCCUGUACCGCCUCCUCAUGCUGCUGCCAGGUCCAGAGUCUCUCAUGGGUCCCUGUACGGCCUCCCAUUGCUGCUGUCUCCAUCGCCACACUCUGCCAUGUGCCACUUUCAGGUCUCCUCACACUGCUGGUGUGUUCCAUUUUUUUGUCAUAGGGUGC